AUGGAUCGACUUGGUAAAUGGAGUUUCAAACCGAAGAAGAUGGAAGUUGAAUUGGAGGAUGAUUUUUAUUUGGAUUAUGAUGCGGAAGAAAUAUCUGAUUAUCAAGACCCCAAUGAACUUUUAGCUGCUUUAAAUCAAAAGGAGGAAGACGUCCUUUUGGCCGCCCAGCUGGGAAAUGCAUUGCUUUUGGAAAAUCGUCAGUUGAAGGAACAGCGCGACACACUUCAUGAACAGUAUGCAGACAAACUUGAGGUAAGAGAGACGUGUCAAAAGAAACCCCUUGUGUUGUACGAGAUGAUGAAGUUUGUGAAUGUGUCAUGCGCGCUUGUUCCCAUCGUUAUUUGAAAACAUAAUUUACAAGCGCAUCAAAUUUAGAUCUUGAGAAGUAGGUCUACGCAAUGAGUCAAUUUGUAAACCAUUGUUCAAGAUUUCUUUCGAAAGGGUUUAUAAAAAAAAAAAAAUUAGGCUAGGUUUUUCUCAUUUUCUUUACAUUUCUCAGGCGACUAUGUGACUGCAAAUGUGUGACAAUUAAUCACUGAGAGAAUUAUAACAUUAUAGUUAAGUACGAUACUGGUUUCUAACUACCUCACUACUCUGGCAUGUUGAUAAUCAUUCCAGACAGAGCAAGUCACAGUAUCAACCAAUGUUUUGACUAUGUUAACAGCCAUUGAUAUACGGUGCAUUUCGCUGCACCUGCAAUAACAUCUGCAAAACGUGUACACGACCAAUACUAUUUUAUUUGCUGUGUUGACAUAUAAAACAAGGGAAACAACAACAAACAAGUCUUUACAUCAUGCAAUUAUUUAUAAUACAAUAUACUGUAUAAAUAGGCAAUUAUAAAGCAGCACAAUUUCACCAAACUUCAGGUUCACCUUUGAUAAUAUUCACUAAGAUAUCAUAGGUGGAUGGAUGGAUCUAGUAUUCUUAGGGGGCUACCGCCAUGUGAUCAUGAGCUAAAGAGGCUAGCUCGUCCCUCUUCAAAGGAGAUGUCAUAAGAAUGUAUUGAGUCUGAGCUUCCUCGUAAAACAAAGACCAAUGUUAUUACACACAAUGCACUCUUUCUCUGCUCUCUGAAAAGCUCUUUUGUGUUUGUGCGAUAAGCCUGAGUUCCACGCACCCGGUCCCCUCCCUUUCACUCACAGGGUUGCCAAUUAAUAUGGACAUCUCAUUAGAACAGCACAUAGAUGUAUUCAAUAAAUGGCUCCCUCCAUGUGAGGACAAGUAUAUACAGUGCCUUCAGAAAAUAUUCACACCCCUUGACAUUUUCCACAUUUUGUUGUGUUACCGCCUGAAUUUAUAAUGGGUAAAAUUGAUAAUUUCGGUCACUGGCCUCCACACAAUACCCCAUAAUAUCAAAGUGGAUUUUUUUUUAUUUAAAGUUUUGUGACGUUUUAUUACAUUUCACAUUCACAGAUGUGGCAGGCAUAAAUAAUAUAAUAUAAUAAAAUAUAAAACAAAACAAACAAAUUUGCAGCAGCACUAUAUGUGAUCAUGUUAGCUAUUUCCAGCUUUAGCUCAGACAACAAGCAAAUUAUUAGUUUAUACAGCACCUUACACAACAUGUAUAUACACUAAUUUCCCUAAUCAUCCCAUUCACUCUGUCCAAUUUGAAAUAUAAUUGAGGAUUGGAGACCAGAGUCUAUCAAACCUGGGCUGUCUCUUGCGGAGGUCAUAAGUGAGCUUUUCAAGAGGAAGAAAGUCAACAAUCUGGUCAAUCCACAUUUUAAAUGUAGGAGAAGAAUUAGAAGCCCACAGUAGGAGAAUACAUUUCUUAGCAAAGUAUGUGAUACUCAUAAACACAUUUUCUCUGUCUGGAUCAAGAACAAAGUCCUGCUGGGCAUUAAGAAGAUAGAGACACGGGGUCAUAUCAAACUGUACAUCUAAUAUUUUCUGUGCAGCAGUAUGUAUAGAUUGACAAAAUCUGGUAAUCUCUCUACAACUCCAAAAUACAUGCAUAUAGGUUCCACUUUCAGAGGUACAUCUUUUACAAGCAGGAGACAUUUCUGUAUUCAUUCUAUGGAGUCUCACUGGAGUGUAAUAAAAUGAUAUAGGCGUCCUUCCUAACUCAGUUGCUGGAGAGGAAGGAAACCGCCCAGGGAUUUCACCAUAAGGCCAAUGGUGACUUUAAAACAGUAACAGAGUUUAAUGUCUCUGAUAGGAGAAAACUGAGGAUGGAUCCACAACAUUGUAGUUACUCCACAAUACUAACCUAAUUGACAGACUGAACAUAAGAAAGCCUGUACAGAUCACAAAUAUUCCAAAACAUGCAUCCGGUUUGCAAUAAGAGACAAAGUAAAACUGCAAAAAAUGUGGCAAAGAAAUGUACUUUAUGUCCUGAAUACAAAGCGUUAUGUUUGGGGAAAAUCCAACACAUCACUGAGUACCACUCUUCAUAUUUUCAAGCAUGGUGGUGGCUGCAUCAUGUUAUGGGUAUGCUUGUCAUCGGCAAGGAAUUGGGAGUUUUUUAUGAUAAAAAGAAUAGAGCUAAGCAGAGGCAAAAUCCUAGAGGAAAACCUGGUUCAGUCUGCUUUCCAAUAAACACUGGAGACAAAUUCACCUUUCAACAGGACAAUAACUUAAAACACAAGGCGAAAUAUACAGUUGCUUACCAAGACGACAUUGAAUGUUCCUGAGUGGCCUAGUUACAGUGUUGACUUAAAUCGGUUUGAAAAUCUAUGGCAAGACUUUAAAAUGGCUGUCUAGCAAUGAUGAACAACCAACCUGACAGAGCUUAUACAAUCCAUGUGUGCAAAGCUCUUAGAGACAUACCCAGACUCACAGCUGUAAUCGCUGCCAAAGGUUAUUUGUCAUACAUUUUUUACACUUUAACAUGACAGAGUAUUUUGUGUAAAUCAUUGAUAAAAAAUUAAAAUUAAAUCAAUUUUAGUUGCACUUUGUAACACAACAAAAUGUGGAAAAAGUCAAGGGGUGUGAAUACUUUCUGAAGGCACUGUAACUUCGAAUCCAAUAUUUGUAGGGGAAUGGUGUUACACAGUCUGUGCCUAAAAUGUCAGUGUAGCCGCCAAAGGAACAAGAAAAGGAGCACAGUCAGUAUACUUGUAGAGUAACACAGUCAGUAUACUUGUAGAGUAACACAGUCAGUAUACUUGUAGAGUAACACAGUCAGUAUACUUGUAGAGUAACACAGUCAGUAUACUUGUAGAGUAACAUAGUCAGUAUACUUGUAGAGUAACAUAGUUAGUAUACUUGUAGUCUCUGGUGGGCCUUGUUAGAGGCAUGUGAGGGUGUUUGUCUUAAAGCUCCAAGGGAUGGCUCAUGCAGCAUCUGCAGUUUGUAUCCCUUUCACUCUCACAAGGUCUGAAUAUGUAGCAAAAACAGUAAGCAUAAGAUGCCCAGUCUGUAUCUGGAUAGGAUUCACAUACCCGUCUAUAAGUAUCCCUGGCUUGCUCAGUGUAUAAUAUUGGCCACAAAAAGAGCCACAUAAGUAUGUGAGACCAUCACUCUUCUUUAGGAAUAUUUCCUCAGGUCAGCAUUGAAAUUAACUGGCCAUCAUGAAGUAAUGUAGUUGCAGUUAUCACCCAGUCUCUCAGAUUUACAAUGUUUCUCUUACUGCUACACUGUAUGGAAUUACAUAACCUUCCCAGAGAGGGCUGUUGCUCUCCUAGAUCCAAUAAGUGUCUGUAGCAGCCAGGGAUGAAUCCACAGUAGGAGACAGAUGUUUCAGAGACAGUUUUACUGCUGUCUGUGUGGAUGGAUAGAUCUAAUGUAGGGCUGUCUAGGCCUCAGAGGUGCAAGAACAUGGAUAUUGAUAUAGGCCAGUCGCCAAACCGAUUUAUUGGUGUACUAUUAUGAAAUAAUUAUAGUUUCUAUUACCUUACAUAAAGUAUAUAACAGAUUUGUGAUUAUGUCAUAGUCUAACCCACCAUGUCUGGACUUCGAUGCUGUGUGCUCUAUAGGGUUUAUAGAUACAAUAAAAAGAUAGCAGGAGUGUACCAGACUGGCCGACUGGUGAAAUACCAAGUGUGCAUCACCUAGCUUCAAUAAGUACACAGUAAUAACUCAGUAACAGCUACUGUACAAAUACUCUUAGAUGUUCUCAUUCAGUCAUUUCAUGGAUUAAAAUGAUAUACAAUGCCUUGCAAAAUUAUUCAUCCCCCUUGGCGUUUUUCCUAUUUUGUUGCAUUACAACCUGUAAUUUAAAUUGAUUUUUAUUUGGAUUUCAUGUAAUGGACAUACACAAAAUAGUCCAAAUUGGUGAAGUGGAAUGACAAAAAUAACUUGUUUCUAAAAAUUCUAAAAAAUAAAUAGCGGAAAAGUGGUGUGUGCAUAUGUAUUCACCCCCUUUGCUAUGAAGCCCCUAAAUAAGAUUUGGUGCAACCAAUUACCUUUUGAAGUCACAUAAUUAGUUAAAUAAAGUCCACCUGUGUGCAAUCUAAGUGUCACAUGAUCUGUCACAUGAUCUCAGUAUAUAUACACACCUGUUCUGAAAGACCCCAGAGUCUGCAACACCACUAAGCAAGGGGCACGACCAAGCAAGCGGCACAAUGAAGACCAAGGAGCUCUCCAAACAGGUCAGGGACAAAGUUGUGGAGAAGUACAGAUCAGGGUUGGGUUAUAAAAAAAGAUCAGAAACUUUGAACAUCCCACGGAGCACCAUUAAAUCCAUUAUAAAAAAAAUGGAAAGAAUAUGGCACCACAACAAACCUGCCAAGAGAGGGCCCACCAAAACUCACGGACCAGGCAUUGGAGGGCAUUAAUCAGAGAGGCAACAAAGAGACCAAAGAUAACCCUGAAGGAGCUGCAAAGCUCUACAGCGGAGAUUGGAGUAUCUGUCCACAGGACCACUUUAAGCCAUACACUCCACAGAGCUGGGCUUUACGGAAGAGUGGCCAGAAAAAAGCCAUUGCUUAAUGAAAAAAUAAGCAAACAUGUUUGGUGUUUGCCAAAAGGCAUGUGGGAGACUCCCCAAACAUAUGGAAGAAGGUACUCUGGUCAGAUGAGACUCAAAUUGAGCUUUUUGGCCAUCAAGGAAAACGCUAUGUCUGGUGCAAACCCAACAUCUGUCAUCAAUCCGAGAACACCAUCCCCACAGUGAAGCAUGGUGGUGGCAGCAUCAUGCUGUCGGGAUUUUUUUCAUCGGUAGGGAUUGGGAAACUGGUCAGAAUUGAAGGAAUAAUGGAUGGCGCUAAAUACAGGGAAAUUCUUGAGGGAAACCUGUUUCAAUCUUCCAGAGAUUUGAGACUGGGACUGAGGUUCACCUUCCAGUAGGACAAUGACCCUAAGCAUACUGCUAAAGCAACACUCAAGUGGUUUAAUGGGAAACAUUUAAAUGUCUUGGAAUGGCCUAGUCAAAGCCCAGACCUCAAUCCAAUUGAGAAUCUGUGCUAUGACUUAAAGAUUGCUGUACACAAGCGGAACCCAUCCAACUUGAAGGAGCUGGAGCAGUUUUGCCUUGAAGAAUGGGCAAAAAUCCCAGUGGCUAGAUGUGCCAAGCUUAUAGAGACAUACCCCAAGAGACUUGCAGCUGUAAUUGCUGCAAAAGGUGGCUCUACAAAGUAUUGACUUUGUGGGGGUGAAUAGUUAUGCACGCUCAAAUUUUCUGUUUUUUUGUCUUAUUUCUUGUUUGUUUCACAAUAACAAAUAUUUUGCAUCUUCAAAGUGGUAGGCACGUUGUGUAAAUCAAAUGAUACAAACCCCCCAAAAAUCAAUUUUAAUUCCAGGUUGUAAGGCAACAAAAUAGGAAAAAUGCCAAGGGGGGGUGAAUACUUUCGCAAGCCACUGUAGCAGUGGUAUCAGUCUCCUAAUCACAGACCAAAGAGACCCCCAUUGGCAUGCAUUCACUGUGCCUAUCUGUUUGUUAUAUGUUGCCCACAGGAGCUGGAGCAGGGCAGGCACGAUCUGCGGGUGAAGCUGGAGGGGUGUCAGUCUGGGUGGGUGAGCCAGGUUGGGGACCUGGAGAGAGACGUGAGGGAUCUGAGUGGCCAGGUGGACAGGCUGACCCAGGCCCUGACCGACGCAGACAGGGACAAGACCAGGGCCCAGGAGGAACACGCAGAACACACCCAGUGCCUCAGAGAACAGCUCAGCACCGUGCGUACCUACCACCCCUUCACACCUGGGUCAUGUUCAUUAAGAACCAAAUGGAAGAAAACUAAAUUAAUUUAA